AUGGGUUCGAUUAGCGAGAGCUUCGACUACACAUCGCUGAAAGAGAUAUUGAAAGACACAAAAGCCGAUGUCUUGGUCCCUGAUGAUGGACACAAGUACGAAAACAUCAUCCAGAGAUGGAGCGAGAGCUGCGUGAAAAGAGCCUCAGCAGUAGUAGUCGUCCGAUCAACAGCAGACAUCUCAGCAGCACUCGAGCAGAUCCGAAAAAACAAGCUCCCCUUUACCAUCCGAGGAGGCGGACACUCAACCUCAGGGGCCGCAUCUAUCGAGAAUGGUCUCGUAAUUGACCUGUCCAAGAUGCGUGGCGUCACCGUGGACGCGUCAGCCAGCACCAUCUCCGCAGAAGGCGGCACAAUCUGGGAAGACGUCGACAACGCAGCUGCGAAACACGGUCUCGCGACCGUCGGCGGCACUGUAAACCAUACUGGCGUUGGUGGCCUCACUCUAGGCGGCGGCUACGGCUACCUGACUGGCAAAUACGGACUGACAAUCGACAACCUCCUCUCCGUCGAAAUUGUCCUCGCUUCAGGCAAAGUCGUCACAGCAUCCAAAUCAGAGAAAGCAGACCUCUUCUGGGCCAUCCGUGGCGCCGGCCAGAACUUUGGCGUCGUCACAAAGUUCACCUUCCAGGGCUAUCCCCAAGAAAACCCCGUGUUUGCAGGUCCGCUCGUCUUCCCACCCACAGCACUGCCCAAGAUCGUCGAGUUCAUGAACAGAUUCCACGAAACUAAUGACGGGAACCAAGCUCUCCUCGUCGCCUUUAGCUCUCCGCCACCAGCAAAUGCCCCGGUAGUACUGACACAGCUCUUCCACAACGGCACCGAAGAAGAAGGAAAAGCCAUAUUCGCUGAUCUCUUCACGCUUGGCCCGCUUGCCAACAGGUCUGGCAUGGUGCCCUACCAGGUGCUGAACAGCCUCCUCAACAUCAGCGCGGGAUUUGAUGGGCGCAAGCUGUUUGGCGGGGGCGCGUUCAAACUGCCUCUCGACCCCGCGUUUGUGCAGAACGUGUACAGCGAGUUCCAGGCCUUUGUGGAGAGCAAGGCGGACUCUGCAAUCGCGCAGAGUAUGAUGCUGUGGGAGGUUGUGCCGUACAAGAAGGUCAUGGAGGUGCGGAACGAGGAGACGAGUUUCGCGAACAGAGGGGACUACUACAACGUAGCCACCAUGUUCAAAUGGUUCGAUACCACGCUCGACACAGAGAUGCGCACUUUCUCGCGCUCGCUGCUGAAGAAGGCUUCUGAGACAGCGGCAGACCGAUCCAAGGACGGAGGCGUGGGUCAGUACGGUAACUACGCCAGCGAAGACGUGGCUGCGAAUGAGAUCUUCGGCGAUAAUGUAAGGCGUCUGGAAGACUUGAAGCAGAAAUACGACCCGGACAACCUUUUCAACCAUGGCACAAAGCUUACGCCGCGGCCGUUGGUUGUGGUCAACUAG